ACAUAUCAAUACGCUAAGGUUUAAUUUUUUAACGCAUUUUCAUUAAAAAUAUUUUAAUGAUUAUUUAUGGAUUAUAAUAAAAUAUUUAUUUUUUAUAAAAAUAAUAUAUAUUUUAUGUUUAAUUUAAAAUAUAUAUAAUAAUAUAAUUUUUGAAAUUUAUUAAAUACGAUUUUCAUGAAUAUUUCAUAAUAUAAGUUAUAUUGCUUAAGUUUAUUAAUAUUUUAUUUUUGAAAAACAAAAUUAAAUAUAAAAAAAAUAUAUAUGCAAUGAAUACUUGAUAAUUUCAAUUUUCUUAAAUUUGAUGAAUAAUGCAAUAAUUCUUUCUUAUUAUUGUAAUAUAACAUAUAUUAUGAUGAUUAUUAUAGAACGUAAUAUUGGCGCGAAAGACCUUUUGCUUUACGCAUCUUUGCUCGAUUCCAUGUUUCAAUUAUUGUCGAAUAAUUUUAUUAACCAACGUGAGUGAUUAAUUAUUAUUAUGGGUAUUUUGGGUUUAGCGAAAUUAAUAGCAGAUAUUGCACCAAAUGCUAUCAAAGAACAAGAAUUGAAACAUUAUUUUGGUCGUAAAAUAGCUAUAGAUGCAUCUAUGUGUUUAUAUCAAUUUCUUAUUGCAGUACGUAGCGAAGGCGCUCAACUUACCUCCGUAGAUGGUGAAACAACAAGUCAUUUAAUGGGUAUGUUUUAUCGAACAAUACGUUUAGUAGAACAAGGAAUAAAACCUGUAUAUGUAUUUGAUGGAAAACCACCAAAUUUAAAAGGUGGAGAAUUAGCAAAACGAGCUGAAAAGAGAGACGAAGCACAGAAAUUAUUACAAGCAGCAGAAGAAGCUGGAAAUGUAGAAGAUAUAGAAAAAUUUAAUAGAAGACUAGUAAAAGUUACAAAAGAGCAUGCAGAUGAAGCUAAACAAUUAUUGAAGUUAAUGGGUAUUCCUUACAUUGAUGCUCCAUGUGAAGCUGAGGCACAAUGUGCUGCUAUGGUAAAAGCUGGUAAAGUUUUUGCAACUGCUACAGAAGAUAUGGAUGCACUUACUUUUGGAUGCAAUAUUUUACUCAGACGAUUAACAUUUAGUGAAGCAAGAAAAAUGCCUGUACAAGAAUUUCAUCAAGAUAAAGUAUUAGAAGGUCUUGAAUUAAGUCAUGAUGAAUUCAUUGAUCUUUGUAUAAUGUUAGGUUGUGACUAUACAAAUAGUAUUAAAGGAGUUGGGCCAAAAAGAGCUAUUGAGUUAAUUAAAACACAUAGGACACUUGAAAAAAUUAUAGAAAAUUUGGAUAUUAAGAAAUUUCCAAUUCCUGAAGAUUGGAAUUACAAACAAGCUCGAUUAUUAUUUCAAAAACCUGAAGUAACAGAUCCUGAAACAAUUGAUUUAAAAUGGAUAGAACCAGAUGAAGAAGGUUUAGUAAAGUACUUAUGUGGUGAUAAACAAUUUAAUGAGGAAAGAGUAAGAAAUGGUGCAAAAAAAUUACAUAAAGCACGAAAUACUUCCACUCAAGGAAGAUUGGAUACAUUCUUUAAAGUAUUACCAAAUUCAACUCCUACAAAACGUAAAAUAGAAGAAACAAAAGGAACAACUAAAAAAACUAAAAAAAAUACAACAGGAAAACCACGUGGAAGACCAAAAUAAUUGUUUAAAAAUUUUUAACUUUUAUAACUUUUUAAUUUUUUUCAAAUAUGAAUCUUAAUGUUUACAAAAAUUUCAAUUUGAAUAAUUUAUAAUAUUAUAUCGAUAUAUAAAAUUAUUGCAAAUAAUUCUAAAAAUAUUUAAACAAUUUUAUAUUUAUUUCAUAAAAUAGAUUAUACAAAUAAUAUUUAAUUUAAUUAAUUUUCACUUUACAUUUUUGUACAAUAAAAAUGUUUUUUAUACAUUUUUAUACAUAGUAUAAUAUGUACCAUUCAAUAUCAUUGAUUGUAUUCGUUGUAUAUUUUGUUACAAUUUUUGUUCAUUUACAUAUACAAAUGGAUAACAAUUUGCCUAUGUAAAAUAAUUUCAUUACAACAUUUAUUCAGUCUUACUAGUUGCAUUACAUACAUUAAUUAAAAUUUUUUAUUAUUAUUGUUUUUAUAGUCUUAUGUAGAAUUAGAAUUUCAAUUUUUGGAUGGUAUUUGGCAGUGAUUAGGCAUUAUGGAUAUUAUAUACAUAUAACAUAUAUUAAUAAAAAUCAAUAUUUAUAUAACUGAAAACUUUUCUACAAGUAUACAAGUCUGUAUAACAUUAAAUGUAUAACAUUUAAUUGUCACUGAAAUGUUAUUAUAGUACUACCAAUAGCAUUGGGAUCUAAUAUGUGAUGUAAUGCUUGUUCAAUAUUAUAAGGACCAUAUACUCUAUCUACAACCAUUUGCAAUUGAUCAGCAUCAGCUAAAUCACACAAUGCUUGCAAAUAUGCUGUGUUAAUUUUUGAACCUUCUUUCCACUGAUGCAUAUUGAAUCCAAAUACAUACUACAAUAAAUAUAAUAAUGCAUAUUAAAUAA